GGUUUCCUUACUAGCAAGGUUCACCUAUUAUUUUUGCAUCCCUUAUAUCAACAAUCACCUCCCUCUUCCUCCAUUUUUUCCCUACAUCACAAGAAGUUGACUCAUCACUGUCGCUUGACGAUAAACAAACAAACAACGAGAUAUCAACCAGCUUGACUCGUUCUCAUUCACGAAUAUCCACGACACCUACACGAAUCCCCCCGAACUAGAUCCGAAGACACUAGAGGCAGAAAAAAAAAAGCGACAAAAACUUUCCCGCCCGCUCCAUCACACGAGCUUCCUUUCCUACCUCGCCCGCAAAACCCGAUACCCAGAAGUAGUAUCAACCACCACAAAAAGUCACAUUCAAAAUGAAGGUCUUCUCCAACGCAGUAACAUUCAACUACUCCUGGGAAGAGGUCUCAGCAGCAAACUGGCGCAAAUACUGCCCGUGGAACGACAAGACGACGCACGUAAUCGCCGUCGACACAAUCGGGCGCAGCGUCGACCCAGCCACGGGGAUCCUCCGCACCGAGCGCCUCAUCACCUGCAAGCAGUCCGCGCCCAAGUGGUUCGCCUCCCUCGUCGGCGGCGGCGGCGGCGACCCGGACGUCUCCCACGUCUUUGAGACCUCCUACGUCGACCCAGCCAACAAGACCGUCACAAUGGUAUCCCAGAACCUGACCUUCGCCAACCUCAUCUCCGUCCAGGAGUCCGUCGUCUACAAGCCCGUCAGCCCGACGCAGACGCAGUUCGUCCAGGACGCGCAGAUCACCGCCCUCUGCGGCGGCUGGCAGCGCAUCAAGAACGGCAUCGAAGACCAGUGCGUGUCGCAGUUCCGCAACAAUGCGCAAAAGGGCAAGGAGGGGUUCGAGAUGGUCUUGGCUAUGAGCAGGCGGGUGUUCGCCGAGGAGCGCGAGCGCGAGAUGCGUGUUCGCCAGGGCGCCAUGGCAGCAUGAGGCUUCUGAUGAUGAUGGGUAUGGUUUGAGAGUCUACCACGUCGACUCUUGCUCCUUCUCCCACCCCGGUUUGCAACACGAUACUCGCGUUAUGCAGCGUUCCUCGUCAUUUUUUACAUCUUUUCUCAACAAGCGGGCAGCAUCACCACAAAAGGAUUCGGAAAAAGGGUUUUUAGACGGCGUUCAGACAUUACAUUUUUUUCAGGGCCAAGCCUAAAGACGUGGAUGCGGAUCUUCCACUCAAACCAUUCAGGUUUAGAGAGAAUAACCACCAUCCCCAACUGUACAAAGACAUUCGGCGUUCAGGAAUAUCCCUACAUGAUAGAGCAUCCGGGGGUUUUCCUCAGACAAGACAUUUUCUUCUCAAGGUCCAUUGCGACCAGAAUUAGAGUGUUUUUUUUUUUUU